GCUACUUUAAGCCAAGACUCCACCGCCUUCCAGAUUUUUGUUUUUGCAUCAGUAGGUUGCAAAUCCACGACAUGUCGACUUCGCCAGUUCCAUUGCCUCACUGGGACCCUCCGCCUGAGCCAAUAGGCCAGGCAAUUGCCAUCCGCUCUAUCCCAAUCCAGCUUAUGCCCCAGCAAAUCGACGGGGAUCUCGGAGAUGAUUGGACGGGUAUCAGCAAUCCGAAAACCAGAAAAAAGCUGCAGGAUAGGAUCCAUCAGAGGAAGUUGCGUCGGCGUAGAAAGGAGAAAACGAAACUCACGUGCCAGCCGCCAGAAGAGACCUGCCAUACGCUGGGUCUUCUGGGCUUGAAUGGGACGUUCUAUAUUGAGUCUUCCAUUCAGCAUCAAACAAUCCCACGUAGUCCGGCCAGUCACGUAAUGCAAUUGACGCCAUACAAUGAACCUCUAACGCUCGAAUCGUUUACGGCCUGUGAGCCCGACCAUGAGCGCACCGAAAGGUUCAUGCUUUAUUUUAUCGCCAGAGUACAGCAGAGAUUAUCCUGCUCACCACGAGCAGACAUGUUACUCAGCCUUAUUCAGUUCAACAGCACCAGGGCACUCGUGGUGAACGCCAGAGCAUUGGGUAUUACUCGAGAGUUCAUGGCGCCAGAUUCCCGAUCCCCAUUCAUAGCUCCAAACAACGGUGGCCUCACUUCGGACACUUCAAUGCCCUCAAGCUUGAGGCCGACCCAGUUCCAACUCACUGUGGCUCAUCACCCGUGGAUUGACAUCUUACCGUGGUCCAAGGUUCGUGAUAACCUGCUGCUCCAUGACGAGUCAUCAUAUGACAAGAAAGAGCUCUGUCGCGACUUAAGAGGGUUUCAGAAAGUGGCUGGCAGCAACUACGGGGGUAUAAUUGCCUGGGGUGAGCCGUGGGACCCACGAGGCUGGGAGGUCACCGAGGCUUUUGCAUCCAAGUGGCCUUGGCUGAUCCAAGACUGUUAUGAGCUAUUGGAGUCUACUAACUCUUGGAGGACCAUGCGAGGGGAAUGCAAAUGGACGCAAAAGGACCUUGGUCGGGAGCCAACUAUGUGUGAAGUGACGGAAUAAUGGAGUCUUUAUCUUGAAUGGCAGUCCCGGGGCUUCACUAUAAGCAUUAAGUUUAAUUACGUUAACAAAUUGAGUCUUGCUCCUUCUAA